AUGUCUGCAUCAACCUCUACUUCUUUUCCUACCAUCUUAUCUAACGAUGACCAAAAUAAAUUAGUCAAAAAUAAAUUAAACCUGGUUCAACCUAAUGAUUCUCUUUUAACUCCUCCCCCUGUUGCUUUUAAACAAAAUCUUUCAUUUAAUGGUAACCAAAACACCAAUUUAUUAGAUGUCUCUCAAUCUUCUCAUGUAGAUUUGGCUAUUACUCCUCCUCUAACUCCUCCUUCUACCUCUAUGAAUACUCCUUCAAAGUUCCCAAAUAAUUAUUACUUUGAAGGUUUCGAAGAGGUUUUGGCUUCUUAUGAUUCUUCUCCCUCUUCAUUAAAUACUUCUGAUGAUUUUAUAAAUUCAAAUUUGACUACUCCUAUAACCGAUCCUUCUUCUUUACAAAGUGACGAUACUCAAAAUAAUCUUAAAGGCGAAAUCUGUGUAUUCACUCAAGUAUCUACCACUAUAGCUACUGUCCAACAAUCUCCUAUCCCUAGAUUAAAAUUUUCAAAAAAAAGACCUUCUCCAAAUCGUUUCAUUACUUCUCCUCAUGUCAAAGUUAAUAAAUCUUCCGAUCAAAGCAGCUCUGAUAACGCUAGUGCUUCGAAUUUAGAAAUUGAUCCAUACCCUGAUUCUUCUAUAUCUGCUACUACUUCCGAUAUGGAAAAGGAUAGUUCUCAAAUAAUGAAAAAUUCUAGUCCUUCAGAUUCCAUGCUUUUUGAUGGUUCUUUACUUACUGAUUAUGCUAUGGAAAAUCCUAAACAUCUUGCAUAUGAUCUAUUCGUAAAACUAUGGCAACGCGUAAAUCCCACUUGUGGUCACAGUCCUUCUUUAUCAGAGGGUGGCUCUGAUUAUACUACUGUUACUCAAACUUCUCGUUCUAUUAGUUACAAUAGUACCACUUAUAAUUCGGGUACUGAUUCUGAACCUACUAAAGAUUCUGAGACUGAAAAAUUUGAGAGUUCUAAUAGUCCUCCACAAAAUCUUUCUUCAAAAGAUGUUACAGAUUAUCUCUCUGUAAAUGAUAAGAAUAACAUUAGUGACAAUGGAAAUGCCUCUGAAUCUAAUUCAAAAAAGAAGAUUCUCCCUAAUUUAAGUAUUUCAAUACCAAAAAUUCCAAGUCGCCAACAAUCUUUUUCCUCUGAUGAAAUCAUGCAACCUAAAGAAACAAUAUGUAAAUGUCUUCAACAAAAUGAUCACUCGACAUUUGUAGUAUUGGAUACAAAAUACUCUGGUAGUGUUGAAAGUCUUUAUACUCUCUUAUUUGAUAGUAACUUUGUACCGGAGUUUGUGCAAAAACUUGAAAAUAAUAACGAUAUUGAACUUGGUGUAUGGUCAACUGAUGAAAAUGUACCAAUAGAAAAGGGCGCCAUGAGCGGUCAACUAUGUUAUUUUAAAUCAUUAGAUAAAGCUCUUCGAAAACACAUUUCUCCAAAAAAUAACGUUUUCGUAGAUCUUCCGAUUUCAAAAGAUGAUGAUUCAAUGACAAGGCAACCAUCAAAAUCUCAUUCAAUUCGUUCAAAACGUAUUUCAG